AUGGCGGCCCCCUGGGACGUGGCCUCGGCCUCCAGCGCGGCCCUCUUCCGCCUCCGCCACCUCCGCCUGGGCCUGGAGCUGCGCCCCGAGGCCCGCGCCCUGGCCGGCUGCCUGGUGCUCGAGCUCGCCGCCCGCCGCCCGGCCCCGCGCCGCCAGCCCCGGCGCCUCGUCCUCGACGCCCACCCCGCCCUCCGCGUCGCCUCCGUCGCCUUCCGGGCCGGACCCGCCCGCGCCCCCGAGGGCCGCGACGAGGAGGAGGCCGGCCCCACGCCGCCGCCCUGCCGCUUCGUCUUCCCCGAGGCCUCGCCCCACGAGUUGCCCCCUCCACCGGUGCCAGCCUUCUCCGACUCGGCCGCCUCUUGCCCGCUGGUCUUCAGGGUGGACCCCUUCACGGACUACGGCUCGUCCCUCACCAUCUCCUUGCCCUCAUCUCUGGAACCCCACCAGCCUUUCCAGGUCAUCAUCCGAUACACCACCACCGACGCGCCGGCUAUCUGGUGGCUGGAUCCAGAGCUGACCUAUGGCAUCUCCAAGCCGUUCGUCUUCACCCAGGGCCAUUCCGUGUGCAACCGAUCUUUCUUCCCCUGCUUCGACACGCCUGCUGUAAAAUGUUCCUAUUCUGCCGUUGUUAAGGCACCUGCAGGCAUGCAAGUGCUGAUGAGUGCCACCCAAAGCAGCUACAAGGAACAUGAGGGCGUGUACGAGUUCUACAUGGAAUACCCAGUCCCUGCCUAUCUGGUGGCUCUAGCAGCAGGGGACCUGGUACCUGCUGACAUCGGUCCCAGGAGCAGAGUGUGGGCAGAACCGUGCUUGCUGGAGACGGCUAUCAGCAAACUCUCGGGCAGGGUGGAACAAUGGCUGAGUGCUGCAGAGAGCCUUUAUGGCCCCUACAUAUGGGGACGGUACGACAUUGUUUUCCUCCCUCCCUCCUUCCCCAUUGUCGCCAUGGAGAACCCGUGCCUGACCUUCAUCAUCUCGUCCAUCCUGGAGAGCGAUGAGUUUCUCAUCAUCGAUGUCAUCCAUGAGGUGGCCCACAGCUGGUUCGGCAACGCGGUCACCAACGCCACGUGGGAAGAGAUGUGGCUGAGCGAAGGGCUGGCCACUUACGCUCAGCGCCGGAUCACUACCGAGACCUACGGUGCUGCCUUCACGUGCCUGGAAACCGCCUUCCGCCUUGAUGCUCUUCACAGGCAGAUGAAGCUCCUCGGUGAGGACAACCCCGUCAGCAAGCUUCAGGUUAAGCUGGAGCCAGGUGUGAAUCCCAGCAACCUGAUGAACCUCUUUACAUACGAGAAAGGUUACUGCUUUGUUUACUACCUGUCCCAGCUCUGUGGAGAUGCAGCACGUUUUGAUGCCUUCCUCCGAGCCUACAUUGAGAAGUACAAAUUCACCAGCGUUGUGGCUCAGGAUCUCUUGGACUCCUUCCUGGCUUUCUUCCCAGAACUGAAAGAACAAUGCAUUGAUAGCAAAACAGGACUCGAAUUCGAGCGCUGGCUCAACGCCACAGGCCCUCCUCUAGCCGAGCCGGACUUAUCUCAGGGAUCCAGUCUGACCAGCCCGGUGGAGACGCUCUUCAGCCUCUGGAUGACGGAGCCUCUGGACGUGGCCACUGUAUCCAGCUGCGUUGACAUCACCAAGUGGCAGACGUUCCAAACGGUCCUCUUCCUGGACAGGCUGUUGGACGGCUCGCCACUGCCUCACGAAGUGAUAUCGAAGCUCUCCGAAUGCUACUCUGCCCAGCUGGAUGGCAUGAACGCAGAGAUCCGGAUCCGCUGGCUCCAGAUCAUCGUCCGCAACGACUACUACCCCGACCUUCACAAAGUACGGCUCUUCUUGGAAAACCAGAUGUCCCGGAUGUACACGAUCCCGCUGUACGAAGACCUGUGUGCCGGCACCCUGAAAGCCUUUGCCUUAGAAGUUUUCUACCAGACCCAGAGCCAGCUGCACCCCAACUUACGGAAAACCAUCCAGCAGAUCUUGACGCAGGGCCUGAACCCUCUCCUCGCCAUGGACACGACAGCUGCGGAGGCCUCGGCCCCCGGGCUCGAGGACAAAGCCCCCGAAGCUGCAAACAGGGCCAUUUCUCUCAGGGACGUCAACGUGUCUGCUUAA